ACACAAUAUAGACUCACAGGUUUCGUUACAUGUUGCUGCAAUGGCUCCCUGUUUGUCGACAUCUUGCUUUGUACACUUGCAAGUGAUGCAGCGCACGAUCCUGUGUUUAUUGGCAGUAAUGACACGAGCGCUCCACACGUAGUGAAUUAUCCAUGCUCAGAGCGGGUGCAUUUCACGCCCUCUAAUUAUUAUCUAAUAGCCAGCGGUCACACUGAACCAAUCACAAGUUUGUAUUCUCAGCUUAGGCCCGCCUAUGUGUUUAGAUUUGAGAUGGGAGUGUGUGACCGUUGGGGCGUGAGGUGUUAUGCGUGAGACUAGGUGUUGGUGAUUGGCUAAUUGUUACUUGCGGGGUGUGCAGUCACACGAAUGAUUCGACCUAAUUAGGACUGGAUUUCCGCCCACUCAUGCCAUUACGUCACCGAUACUCACGGGUUGUUUGAUGUGGAGUUCCAGUCGACCAUAACAAGUCCAGUUGAUAAACAGCAGCUGAUGUCCGGCUAUUCAAAGCAUUUGUAAUUCACUAGGUUGACUAGAAACAAGACACAGAGAAGUCGUAGUUACGGUUUCUGUUUUACCGAAAACUGUUUUCCUAGCAAACUUGCGAAAGCCAGAUCUGCUAGCGUGAUGAUGAAUAGGCAGACUGUCGCGUUUUCUGCUGUUGUCGUGGGACGGACGCGUGCACGUGAUGUCCUAGUUACCUCCAAAUCGAUCAAUAACAACAGGACGCUGUGUGUACGUUGACGCGCGUACACCACUCUACAUCUUGUGUAGCCUAGUACGCUUCAACAUUUACUUGUGAGGCGUUUCUAGCAGCGUAACGUAACAACUUUGGAUGGCGGAAACGUAUACAUCUCUACACAGACCGGAACGAACUGCGUCUGCUACAUCUGGCAAGGACCUACUGUGCAGUGGGUUAUCAGGAAGUGGUUCUGACACCGGACCUGCUGCCACGAGCGAGGCCAGAGCCGUACACGAAAGGGGCGGGGUUGACGAAUUAGACAUUAGUAAAUCUGCUACAGACGAUGAAAAAGCUUCUGUAGGACGAAAGACGCCAGGUAUCUCUCAGUUCACUGCAAAAGUCAUUCUGGAUAGACAGUACUGUUAUGUAGGAGUUGAUUGUGAAAGGAAAAUUUCUUUUUUGGACUUGGAUGAUGCUGCAACCGGUACCAGUGUGUCGCGUGGCCAGCUGCAGGUGAUAGUGGAAACGGGUGGCUCUAGUCUCGACAAAGGAUUGCGGAGAGUGCGUACAGUGCCAGAAAAUUUAUUGACAGACACAAUAGAGACUGAUAACAAAAGAAGGCCAGCAGUUCAGCGGGAAAACAGACUUUCUUAUUGGAAUGAACCGAAGUAUUACCCUGAUGACUCACAGUCAGUUGCUAAGUCUGUUGCUUUAAAGCGAGUAAAACAAAAUCUAGAAGAAUGGGAAAAACAAAUUGUUCACAUUGAGAGCUGCAAAUUUAGAUCAGACAAGCUGCUAAAGCAUGAAGUACAGAAGCGUAACAAAAAGAUUGCAGGACUUGAAGCCUCAGUUGAGCAGCAUCUGUCUGAGAUUGCAAAUCUAUCAAAUCAGAAAGAUCUGGUUUCAAACCAACUGAAAGAGACAUCAAAAGAGUUGUCUAUACAAGAGAGCCAGGUACACGAGCUGACUCAUGAGGUACAAGAGUAUCAUACAGCAUAUGAAGCAGCUGAACAAGACAAGCAAGGCCUGAGUCAGCAGCUGACUGAGGUGAGUGAAGAGUUAGAACGGAGUGAAAACGUUCGGAAACGUCUGAAUGAAGAGGUAACUGAACUCCAAGUACAGCUGGACAUGGAAAGGCAAAGGAGCAAAUCUUGUACUCUGAUUUAAUCUUGAGUUGUCUUUUAUAUUGACAGUAGUGUCAUUUUUAUAUUCAUUGCUAUUCUUUGCUACAAAUAUUGAUAUUAAAUUUGCAAAUGUUGGGAUUUACAGAACUACAAUUUUUUCUACCUGUACUACUAACUGCUUGCAGCAUGAUUUUCAUGUUAGCAUGAGGAACUUUUGUUUCAAAGAAUUAAAGAUACAAACGACCUCAAACUGACAAUUGUUCUCUUUUUGGAAGGAGAGCUAAUGGUAACUUGAUUAUACUUAUUGGAUAUGUACAU